CUAAAUCAUUCGUCACAAAAAUAAAUAAAAAAGCCAGAAAAUGCUUAGAGCCCUCCUCCCAAAACCCCAUAUUCUCCUUUUCGGACCCAAGUUCAGAGCCUGGAAAAAUCUCAAUCCUUUGCCCAAUCACCACUUCCUUUCCACAUCUUUUCGAUACCCUCUCAAAGGUGUGGAGGUCGUUGGAGCAGUGUUGGGUGGUGGAGUGAGAGCAAUGUCAGGUUCAGCAGUGUCGUCAGCAUCGGCUGCUGGUGAGCAGUUGGCGUCCGGGAAUGAAGUGCAGCAGGUGACGAUGAAGGUGCUGUCUGCAGAGAACGAUGACCAUGGUGGUGUCAUCGUGGAGAUGAAGGAGGCUAUGGAUUUUGAGGCUUUUGUUUCUCUGCUCAGAGCUUCAAUUGCUCACUGGAGACAGCAGGGUAAGCGGGGAGUUUGGAUCAAAAUGCCUAUUGAGCUAGUAAAUCUAGUUGAAGCUGCGGUUAAGGAAGGAUUUUGGUAUCACCAUGCUGAGAGAAAAUACUUAAUGCUCGUGUAUUGGAUUCCUGAAGGCCCCAAUACUAUUCCACCAAAUGCCACCCAUCGAGUGGGUGUUGGUGCAUUUGUGUUGAAUGAAAAAGGAGAGAUGUUGGUGGUUCAAGAAAAGAGUGGACGGUUUCGAGGAACAGGUAUAUGGAAAUUCCCCACUGGAGUUGUUGAUGAGGGGGAAGAUAUAUGUGAUGCAGCAGUUAGAGAAGUCAAAGAAGAGACAGGAAUUGACUCUAAAUUUGUGGAAGUAUUAGCAUUCAGACAAAGCCACAAGUCAUUCUUUGAGAAGUCAGAUUUAUUCUUUGUUUGCAUGCUGCAACCCCUCUCCUUUGAUAUCAAGAAGCAGGAAUCAGAGAUUGAGGCAGCUCAGUGGAUGCCGAUCGAGGAGUAUGCAGCACAGCCAUUUGUCCAAAAGCAUGGGCUUUUAAGGUACCUCAUGGACGUAUGCUUAGCAAAAAAAGAUGGGGGUUAUUCUGGUUUUACUGGCGUCCCUACAACAUCCAGUUUCUCUAAUGAAGAAAGCUACUUGUAUUUGAAUGGUGGGUGCCUGAAAAGCCAGUAAGGUCUUCUAGUCAUCUCUUCAAGUCGAGGGUUUUGCAAGGAUUUCCCUUCUAUGAUUUUAUGUUGCACAAAGCUCAUCUCCUAGGGUGAGGCUGAGUAAAUGAACCCUUUCCAUUCUAUUGUCAUUUAUUCAACGACUCAGGUAUAUCAGGUGACAAAUAAGUGAUGUAAAUGACAAUUCCAUAAACGAGUGACAAUAAGUGAUAAGUACGACACUUGUUAGAUCGGGUUUUGAUCA